GGAAGCGACGUAGGGCUGCGCCCGCGGUGUGAUGGAUUCGCAGCAGCAGCAGCAACAGCAGCAACUGAGAAACUUGCGGGACUUCCUGUUGGUCUAUAAUAGGAUGACAGAACUCUGCUUCCAGCGCUGUGUGCCCAGCCUGCACCAACGAGCUCUGGACUCUGAGGAGGAGGCCUGUCUGCACAGCUGUGCUGGGAAGCUGAUCCAUUCCAACCACCGCCUCAUGGCCGCUUAUGUGCAGCUCAUGCCUGCCCUGGUACACCGCCGCAUCGCAGACUAUGAGGCUGCCUCGGCUGUGCCAGGUGUUGCUGCUGAACAGCCCGGAGUCUCACCAUCAGGCAGCUAGCCAUCCCCAAUCCCAGGAGAGAAGGCACUGGAUGGACCCUCAGUUUGAAGGACCCAUUGGGCGUUAGGCUUCGUGAAGCCUGUACAGAGAGAAUGAGGGGCAGCCCGAAAGCUGGGUACUGUUGCUCCUUUUCCUGGAGCCAAUAAACCCGCUUUUUACUCCUGGUUUAUACUCUGGGCAGGGAACCCAUUUUAUUGUCACCAUCCUUUGUUCUGUCAUUUAGUGAAUAUCUACUGGCUUCAGCCCUGGCAGCUGAGAAAUUGCCUUCUCAGGUAUCUGGUUAAAACAGGGUCUGUGGGUACAAUUUUAAGGUUGGUAAUAGCAACAGGAAGUUAGUUUCUGUCCAGAUGAUAGAGAAAAUGGGAGUUCUGUCUGGCUGACCUUAAGUCUGUCUGACUUGAAUGGCUCACCUGUGAGCCGUUGGUUCAUAAUUAUUUUUCGUGGAUUAUGUCUUACAAGAAAGAAGUGUUCUGGAUCUAGGGAAAGGAGGAGAUAUCUAAGAACAACAGAUUAAAAAACCACAGGGCUUUAAAGUACUUCCUAGGAAGUCAGUGGCCACAGAACAGAGGUGAAACCUGUAAGAAUUCUGGAGUGUUCUGAAACUUAAGCCGUUUUCCCAGGUUAUUUUUUUUUAGUAUUUCCUGUUUUCCCAGGAUGAGCAGUAAAACCUUUAAACAAAGAA